AGAAUUCCGUAUAAUGUGCGACCAAGAAGAAUGGCCCGAGUGGACGGAAGGUGUGGGGGUCGGGAAAAACGAAUUGUUGCAUUGCAAAGAUUGGUGACAGCGUUAUUCCGGUAUGAACGGAUUGAGUCGGUGUAUCAACAUUGUGAUGAGACACGAGGUUAUGCAGAAAGGCUGAUUUCUCUUGCUAUAAGAAAUGGUAACAAACACAGAGAAACCAUGGAAACAGCAGACUUUUGGCUUUUGGAAAAAGAUCUAAUCCCCAAACUAUUUGAAGUUUUGGUUCCACGCUACAUGAAUUAUUCCAGCGCUUACACCCAAAUCUACAGACUUCCCUCUGUUUAUCCUGGUGAUGGGAAAGAACUGGGACUGAUUGAAUUGAAAGGUAACCCCUGGCCUGACGUAAAACACAAAAGGCGUGAUAAAAGCAAUUUAUUAACCAAUAUUCUGCUGAACCAAGUGAAACAGGAGUAU